AUGAUUCCUUCACUUCCCUCUAGAGGUAAAUAACUUUUAGAAUCACCUUUUAUCUGGUUAAAAGAAAAGGCAGAAAUGGAUAGAAAAAGAACUGGGUAAUUAAAAAGAUUAUUUUAGGGUGCCAUCAAAUAUGUGGUAUGUCCAAGGGAAAAUAUAUGAUUUGUCUAAAUUUUUAAAAGAGCAUCCAGGAGGAGAAUAUUUUUUGAAAUUCACUCAGGGAUAAGAUAUAACAGAAAUGUAUUAUGCUCAUCACUUAAAUUUGGAUAAAUGCUAAACUAUUUUGAAAAAAUAUUAUGUUAAAGAGGCAGACAAAGUAUAACAGUAUUUUAACUUCGAUGAAAAUGGGUUUUAUCGUACACUUCAUAAAAGGGUUGGUGAUUAUUUUAAAGUAAAGAAUAAAGGACCAUCAUUUUCAAUGAAAUUAACAGUUAUAUCAGUUCUAUUUGCCUUCUUUUGUACUUUUGCAUUAACAUGUCUAUAUCAAAGUUAUUUAUGGGCAUUAUUAUGUGGAUACACUCUAUACGUUUGUUUUGGACUUGCUCACAACUUCAUACAUUAAGGCCCAAAAUAACCAUUAAGAUACAUGUCAGAUUUACUUUUCUUUUCACAUUACCAUUGGAGUAUCACUCAUUGUAUUUCACAUCAUCAUUCCCCAAACAGCAACAUAGAUUUCGAGAUGACUUCAAUGGAACCCUUCUAUAUUUCAACGAAAUCAAGGCUUCCAAAUAACCGUUUUUUACCAUAUUAUAUAAACAUAUUUUUUGGAUUUAUUAGUACCCUACAAUUUAUUUCAACCAUCAUUUAAAUAAUAAAAGGUGAAGACAAACUUAGAAAAGAAUAUUUGAUACCUGUUAUAGAGUAUUUGAUCAUAUAUUCCUUUUGUUGGGAUGGAUUUUUAGCUUUAAAGCUAUUUAUCACUAUAUAAUUUUUUGCAAGCUUCCUCUCUCUUAAAUAUUCAUUGAUCAUUCAUCGAAACAGCAUAAAUUAUUCUGAUGGUAGUUCUAUUUAACCAUCGAAUGAUUAUGGAAUCUACAACAUAUAGACAUCAACCGAUCAUGAUUUAUGGAUUUAAUUUCCAUUAAAUAUGUUCAUGUUUUAGAGUUUCAAUCAUCAUAUACUUCAUCAUUUGUUCCCUACUGUUGACGAAUCUAGAAUUCCAGAAAUCCAUCAUAUUUUAGAAGAGACACUUAAAGAUUUUCAUCUAGAACAUAUUUUAAAGAAAUAUACUGUAUUUGAACUUUAUAAGUCACAUAAUUAAUUUGUUUUGGAGAAAUGA